AGCGCUGCGUGCCCCGCGCGGCCGGAGACCCAGGCUGAGAUGCAGGCCGAGAUCCAGAUGUUCCUGCUCGUGCCCCUGCUGCUGGCCCCGGCCCCUGGGUCCUCGGCUCCCAAGGUGAGGCGGCAGAGUGACCUCUGGGGCCCCUGGGGCAGCUGGGGCCCCUGCAGCCGGACCUGCGGAGGGGGCAUCAGCUUCCGGGAGCGCCCCUGCUACUCCCAGAGGACAGACGGAGGCUCCAGCUGCGUGGGCCCUGUCCGGAGCCACCGUUCUUGCCACACUGAGAGCUGCCCCACCGGUGCCAGGGACUUCCGGGCCGAGCAGUGUGCCCAGUUCGACGGCCAGGACUUCCAGGGAAAGCGUUACAAAUGGCUGCCCUACUACGGGGCCCCGAACAAGUGUGAACUGAACUGCAUUCCCAAGGGGGAGAACUUCUACUACAAGCACAGGGAGGCUGUCGUGGACGGGACGCCCUGCGAGCCUGGCAAACGGGACGUGUGUGUGGAGGGCAGCUGCCGGGCCGUUGGCUGUGACCACAACCUAGACUCAUCAAAGGAGGAGGACAAGUGUCUGCAGUGUGGGGGUGACGGCACCACCUGCUACCCCGUCACAGGCACCUUUGACGCCAAUGACCUCAGCAGAGGCUACAACCAGAUCCUCAUAAUUCCCUCGGGGGCUACCAGCAUCCGGGUGGAGGAGGCGGCCGCCAGCAGGAAUUUCCUGGCGGUGAAGAGCAUCCGUGGCGAAUACUACCUCAACGGGCACUGGACCAUCGGGGGUGCCUGGGCCCGGCCUGUGGCCAGCACUGUCCUGCACUACGAGCGAGGGGCCGAGGGGGACCUGGCGCCCGAGCGGCUCCUGGCUCGUGGCCCCACCUCAGAGCCCCUGGUCAUUGAGCUCCUCAGCCAGGAGCCCAACCCAGGCGUGAGCUACGAGUACCACCUGCCCCUGGGCAGCCCCCGGCCCGGCUUCCACUGGAGCCACGGCUCGUGGAGCGACUGCAGCACCGAGUGCGGUGGAGGUCACCAGUCCCGCCCAGUGUUCUGCACCACUGACAACGAGGUCUACCCUGACCACAUGUGCCAGCCCCAGCUGCGGCCGACUGACCACCGCCCCUGCAGCACUCACCCCUGUCCGCAGACCAAGCGCUGGAAGACGGGGCCCUGGUCGCCCUGCUCAGCCUCCUGUGGUGGCGGCUCCCAGUCCCGCUCUGUCUACUGCGUCUUGUCCGAUGGGGCUGGCGUCCAGGAGGCCACUGAGGAGGCCGGGUGUGCAGGCCUGCCCGGGAAGCCCCCCACCAUGCGGCCUUGCAACCUGCAGCGCUGUGCAUCCUGGAGCGCGGAGCCCUGGGGAGAGUGUUCUGUCAGCUGUGGUGCCGGGAUCCGGAAGCGGAGUGUCACUUGCCGGGGCGACGAGGGGUCUCUGCUCCAGGCGACAGCGUGCUCCUUGGAGGACCGCCCCCCCAUCUCUGAGCCCUGCGCGCAUGAAGACUGUCCCCCCGUCAGCGACCAGGCCUGGCAUGUGGGCGCCUGGGGUCUAUGCUCCAAGAGCUGCAGCUCGGGCACUCGGCGUCGCCAAGUCGUGUGUGCCCUCGGGCCGCCCAGCCGCUGUGGGAGCCUGGCGCAGUCCAAGCCUGGGGAGGUGGAGCCCUGUAACACACAGCCCUGCCACCUUCCUCCAGGCGUCCCCAGCAUGCAGGACAUGCACAGCAGCCCCAGGGAUCCUCGCAUAUCUCUGGGGCCUCAGGCGGCCCCCACCUCAGAUUCCAGAGGCCAGUGGUGGGCCCGUCAAGAGCAGCCCUCGGCCCAAGGAAACCCCACAGGAGCCCAGGGCCUCCACCUGCCAGCCCCAGCCCCCUCUUUUCAGCAAUCCCCACACAGACAGUCUGGCUUGGCACCCCACGACUGCAGACUCAGCCCCUAUGGGUGCUGUCCUGACGGCCACACUGUAUCUCUUGGGCCACAGUGGCAGGGCUGUCCUGGGGCCUCAUGUCAGCAGAGCAGGUACGGGUGCUGCCCUGAUGGGGUGUCUGUGGCUGAGGGGCCCCAUCAAGCUGGCUGUGCAGCAUCUUACAGCAGUGAUAAGACCGGGAGAAGGCCGGUGUCGAGAGCAGUGGCUUCCACAGCUCCCAAGGCCCACCAGCCCCAGGCUCAGCAGAAGGAGCCCAGUGAGUGCCAGGGCUCCCGGUUUGGCUGUUGCUAUGAUAAUGUGGCCUCUGCUGCUGGUCCUCUUGGGGAAGGCUGUGUGGGCCAGCCCGGCUAUGCCUACCCUGUGCGGUGCCUGCUGCCCAGUGCCCAUGGCUCCUGCACGGACUGGGCUGCCCGCUGGUACUUCGUCCCCUCCGUGGGCCAGUGUAACCGCUUCUGGUAUGGCGGGUGCCAUGGCAACGGCAAUAACUUUGCCUCCGAAGAGGAGUGCGUGAGCAGCUGCCGGGGACGUCAACAGGAGCCCCCCAGACCUGAGCCUGGGGCCUCUGGCCAGAGCACCCAUAGAGACGGUGGUGGCAGCGGUCCUGGAGGCCAGCAAGAGGCCGGCGGGCACAGGACGGGGGCCACAGUCCAGACGAGGCCCUUGCCUUCUGGUGGCCUCUGGUGGCGAGACCGAGAGCCUGGGCCUGGAGAGGAGGGCCACGCCCAGGCCUUUGGAGAGAGGCCCCUGGGCCAGGAGCUUGGGCCCAGUGCCCCUGGACUGGGCGGAGAUGCCGGGAGGCCAGCGGCGCCCUCCCACAGCUCUUCCUACAGGAUCAGCUUGGCAGGCUCAGAGCCAGCCCUGGUGCAGGCGGCCCUGGGGCACUUAGUGCGCCUCUUCUGUCAAGACGACACCUCCCCGGAGCCCCAUGCCAGGUGGCAGAAAGAUGGGCGGCCCAUCUCCUCUGACAGGCACAAGCUGCAGCCCGAUGGCUCCCUGGUCAUCAGUCCCCUGCGGGCAGAGGACACUGGCACCUACAGCUGUGGCAGCAGCAGGCCAGGCCGUGACUCUCAGAAGAUCCAGCUUCGUGUCACAGGGGGUGACGUGGCCGUGCUGUCUGAGGCUGAGCCAAGGCACUUCCCUCAGACCAGGGACCCAGCCCAGGGCCACAGUCCUCGGGAGUCCAGCCUAGUGGGGAACGCGGGGGGCCUGGGGGCUGUCUCCUCCUUGCAGAUUCGGCCCACGACCAGGCUGCUUCUGGACAGGAACCAGCCUAGGGUGGUGGACGCCCAUCCAGGUCAGCGGAUCCAGUUGACCUGUCGUGCUGAGGGCUUCCCACCCCCAGCCAUUGAGUGGCAAAGAGAUGGGCAGCCCCUCUCUUCCCCCAGACACCAGCUGCAGCCCGAUGGCUCUCUGGUCAUCAGCCACGUGGCUCCGGAAGAUGGCGGCUUCUAUGCCUGUGUCGCUUUCAACGGGCAGGACCGAGACCAGAGAUGGGUCCAGCUCAGAGUUCUGGGGGAGCUGGCCAUCACAGAGCUGCCCUCUACUAUGCUGGUGCCAGAGGGUGACACGGCCAGGCUGCUAUGCGUGGUGACAGGAGAAAGUGUAAACAUCAGGUGGUCCAGGAAUGGGCUGCCGGUGCGGGCCGACGGGCAUCGAGUCUACCAGUCCCCAGAUGGCACACUGCUGAUCCACAACCUGCAGCCCAGAGACGAGGGCUCCUACACGUGCAGUGCCUACCGUGGAAGCCAGGCAGUCAGCCGCAGCACGGAGGUGAAGGUGGGCCCGCCGGCACUGGCAGCCCAGUCCAGGGACCUCAGCAGGGAGUGUAUGGAUCAGCCUGAGCUGGCCAACUGUGAUUUGAUCCUGCAGGCCCAGCUCUGUGGCAACGAGUAUUACUCCAGCUUCUGCUGUGCUAGCUGUUCCCGCUUCCAGCCUCACGCUCGGCCUGUCUGGCAGCAGGGAUGAAGGCUAGCUCCAGCCCCAGUCCUGAAGCAAGUCUCGGGCUGCUGUCUCUGGCUGGCAAAGGGAGCGAUCUUCUAGAGAAUGGGCUCUUUCAGCCCCCGACCCCCUGACCCCCCCAGCCCCCCCACCCCACAGUGCUGUGCCUCAGCAGCAGAUAGCACCUGCCUCGCUUCCAACACUACAGGCAGCGGUAAAGAGGAGUCUGCUUGGAUAAGGACACCCUUUACGGCUUCCUUCUAUAAUUUCUGUUAUACAGGAUCAAUUCACUGGGUUCUAAAGCAAGCUACCAGGGCUCUCACUUCAUUUAAAGCUGGGUGGGGAGGUGUGUAAUGGGUUCAAAGUUAACACCUGUCUCACAUGGGCACGCUAACUCUUGCUGUGUCAGGCAAGUUUCUUUGCUAGAACUCCAUCUCAUCUAGUGUCAAACAGUGGUCCAUUACUCUAGUCAACCUCCCCCUUCCAGGUAGUGUAGCAACCAGCUUCAACUCGCAUCUGUACAUACAGUUAAUGGCAUGUUUGUGAAGCUCUUGCCAAAGUGGAACACGACACGUAAGGCUCAGUACAGGGAUGUGGGAUGAAGGAGCGGCAGCUGCAUUAUUGUGUGAGCAUGACAGGAUGGGGUCGGGGGGAGCUCCUUACUUUCAUCAGAAGCUGGUGCCUGAAGCCCUCCUCCUGAGGCUGACCUGCAGAGCCUGGUGGUGAGGACUGCCUCACACCUGCAUCAAGCUGACAGACCUGUUCUGUACAGUGACCAACUGGGAGCCUCUCCGUCCCAAGCAGGAAUCUGUGAAGCAAAAUGUUUGCUUCCAGAUAAAAAUCAGACUAUUAAAAACAGGCAGCAGCAGGAUAGGGGACCAAUGGAGGAGAAGGCAAUGUAUUAACAAUGAAGGGAUUUCAGUUGGAAGAAAUCCUUCUCCAUCCCUCAGAACCUCCGGUUCCUUGCUGCUAAACAAGAGGCCUGGAUUCAAUGAGCUUCCAGGUCCCUUUCCACUUUAACCUUCUACCCAUCCUCCAGUAGACUGGCUGGGCUAAGCCAAGGCUAAGCGACAGGUUAUUCUGGGACACAGGAAAGACAGGCAUUAUAGGGAAAGCUGACUUUUAUUACCAACGCACUGGCUGGAAAAGAGACAAACUGCAUCAUGGGUGAGUGAUACUUCUUUGUCUACCUCUCAUUCAGCACGGGAAACAUGGGUUAGGGGCAGAGGUAUUUUUUUCUUUCCAUUUAAAAAAAAUACAGAGGAGCAUCCCCUUUCAUUUAUCAUGGCUGGUUUUGCUAUACAAAUUGGAAACUAAGGGCUAUUUUCCUGGACUCCCCAAUUCCUUAUUUGCCAAUUGGCAACGUAAUUUAGAAGGUAAGUCUGAGGUUAGCUAGCUCUUCUUAGAACUAGUCACAGAAGAGCGGGCCAAGGUUAGGGAAACAAUAAAACUCAAUCUAGACAAGUGGUUCUCAACCCUCUUCCAUACUGGAAGCUUUUUCUUUAAAAAACAAAACAAAAAAACACCCUGAGCGGCACCUGGGUGGCUCAGUCAGGUUAAGUAUCUGACUUCGGCUCAGGUCAUGAUUUCACAGUUUGUGAGUUUGAGCCCUUCAUCAGGCUCUGUGCUGACAACUCAGAGCCUGGAGCCUGGUUCAGAUUCUGUGUUUCCCUCUCUCUCUCUCUGCCCCUCGCCCACUUGCACUCUCUCUCUCAAAAAUAAAUAUAUAUAUAAAAAAUACCUGAAUGUGGGUCCCCACCUGCUCCCCGACAUGAGAAUUUUAAAAGCUUCCCAGGUGGUUCUAAUACAUAUCCAAUGCUGAGACUCACUGCUUCAGUCAGGGCCUUCUCAGAAUGUGAAUCUUGUUCCAAUGUAGAUUCUGAUUACUAGGUCGGGGGGGUCAGAGGUGGGGCUGAGAUUCUGUAUCUCCACUCCUAGGUGAAGUCCAUGCUCUUGUUCCAGACCACACUUUGAGCAGUAAGGAUCUGACAUCAGAGAUAUGCUUAGGAUCAACCAAAGCCUAAAGUAUAAAUACAAAAGUGAAUUUUAAGAGUAGACUAGUCCUGAUGGGCACAAUAGAUAAAGGGGACUAAGAGGUACAAUCUUCUGGUUGUAAGUCACAGAGAUGAAGUAUAGCAGAGAGAAUGUAGUCAACAAUACUGUAAUAACAUGUGUGGUGACAGAUGGUGACCACACUUAUUGUGAGCACUGUGUGAUGUAUACAAUUAUCAGAUCAAUAUGUUGUACACGUGAAGUUAACAUUGUAUGCAAAUUAUACUUCAAUAAAAAAGUCCCAAUAAAAGAUUUUCUAGACAUCAAACUGGAGUUCAGCAGAAUGGAGCAAGAACAGACAAAAAAGAACUAAAACACAUUUACUAAUAAAGAAAAGGGGAAAGACCAGCCCUUCAGGGGCAAAAGCUUCUACCACGAACAUUUAUUUUUGUUAAAGCAGAUUAUAAAUUCUCAUCAGUACAAAUAUAUAUAACUUACAUUUGAUUGUAAGGCCAACGUUCAAAAGUAAAAAUGAGAUGGGAUCUCACGUCGUUACCAGAGGUCAAGUGGCUACAACUGGCAACGGGAUGCUCUCACCACAAGUGGGGGGACCGGCUCACACACAGCUAUUAAACCAGAAUCUCCAUCCCCACAAAGCUGGUGGGGACAAAAUCUAAAGGACAAAACAAAA